ACUAGAUUUGACCCACCCAAAGUCCCAAACCCUCCUUAGCCUUUUGUCCUCCUUGACCACUCUCCCUGUCUCUCAUCGUCACCUGCAACUGUUGAUGUGAAUCCUUUUGUGCUCUCUCUGUCUCUCUCUCCGUAUCGCUUAAUUGUCAUUCACGAUCAGUUUCUCUUUUCAGCUCUCCCUGCUUCUCGCUGUAACCCUUUGAUUGUUUCACAUCUCCUUCUCUCUAUAUCUGCAUUUGUGACAUAUCGGCAAUCAGAUGGCUGAACGCAGACGCAAGUUUGAUCUCCCUGAAAAUCUCCUCGCACUCAAAGCGUCCGAUCAGAAUUCGACUCCUAAAUGUAAUGAUGAGGACAAAUCUGUUAUGGGAUUGCUUGAUGUGUCAAAGGAUCAAAUGGUGCCUGAUAGCAGCAUUCCUCUGUCUCCACAGUGGCUAUAUGCUAAACCAAGUGACACUAAGACUGAGAUGCGUGCACCAAGUUCUCUGUCACUUGGAAGUUCUUCAGACUCAAGUCAAAGGGAGAGCUGGCGAUCAGAUGCAUCUGAGGAUAGAAAGGAUUGGAAAAGGACCAAUGCAGAGGUUGAGGGUGGCCGCUGCUGGCGCGAAGAAGAGAGAGAAACUGGUUUGCUUGGUAGAAGAGAUCGAAGGAAAGCAGAUCGUCGUGUUGUUGAAAAUGCUACUACCAGAGAAAUAACAGAAGCAAAAGUUUUACCUAUUUCAGACAGGUGGAAUGAUGUUGGUAAUCGCACUACUGUUCAUGAAAUGAGGCGUGAUAACAAAUGGUCUUCUAGAUGGGGUCCUGAUGAGAAAGAGAAGGAAGGUCAUGCUGAGAAAAGGGUAGAUGCUGAGAAGGAAGAUCCUCUCAAUGAGAAUCAGAAUUUUGUUUCUAGCCGUUCGGUUUCAGAAAGGGAGCAAGAUGCUCGUGAUAAGUGGCGACCUCGCCACAGAAUGGAGGGAAAUACUGUGGCUGCUGGUUCUAUUCGUUCUGCUCCUGGAUUUGGGAUUGAGAGAGGACGCACAGAGGGCUCAUAUGUGGGAUUCACCCUAGGGCGUGGGCGGCCGAAUGGAUCUAUCCUAAGACCUUCCUCUGGUGGUGCAAUUGGCACUGAACAGUUUCAGAAUGAAAGUGCUGGAAAGCUGUGCAUUGCAGCCAAUACAUUUUUUUAUCCAAGGGGGAAACUUCUUGAUGUAUACCGCAGGAAAAAGCUUGACUCACAUUUUUGUGAUGUUCCUGACAAUAUGGAAGAGGCACCCCAUAUUAGACAACUCACUGUGGUUGAACCUUAUGCUUUUGUUGCUCCUGAUUCUCAAGAGGAGGCAAUUCUUCAUGAUAUAUGGAAGGGUAAAAUCACUGGUAGUGAUGUAUUAUAUAAUUCAUUUAGAAAAGGCAGAUUAACUGAUAAUGUUACAGAAAUAGGAGUUUUGGAACCCAUCAAUGGAAGACUGGCUGUCCUCCCUACAGAUAUGAUGGAAAUGAUGGAUACUCUUCCUAAAACACCAAAAGAUGUCGAAGAGCCCACUGUUGAUUGCUUGUCUUAUGACAAUGACCUUGAAACAAAUUUGCAUGAGGUUAAAGGAAAAGUUCUUGAAGCUAUUGCCAGAGAUGAGAUAUUGUCAGCUAGGAUGAGAAGUGACAAUAUAAAUGUGUCAAAAGAUAUGACUGGGCCUCACUUUGAUGUCAGUUCUAAGCUUCCUGAUGAUUCAAAUUCCCUGUUUUCCAUGCAAUCUUCAGAGAAAUACUUGGACCCCUGCAGUAGUGGAAACCAAGUAGGAAGAGGUGUCCUGCCUGAGGAAUUAAGUUUGUACUAUCGUGAUCCUCAAGGAGAAAUCCAGGGCCCAUUUCUUGGGGUUGAUAUCAUUUCAUGGUUUGAACAAGGAUUUUUUGGAACAGAUUUACCAGUUCGCUUAGUGGAUGAUGCCUUAGAAGAUUCACCUUUUGAAGAAUUGGGUGAUGUUAUGCCACACUUAAGAGGUGGACAUGGGUAUGCCGUUGCCUCUGAUUGUAGGUCUAAAUUGGAACAACCUGCAGCAUUUGAGUACAAGCUUGAAGUUGUGCAGGAUUCUGCCCCUAUUUCUGUUGGUGGUCCUUCAGUCCUGCUUGAUGGAUUGACCUGGCAGCCAGAAGAUUUUCAUGGUCAUUAUGCGCAGGGUAUUCAAUCUGGAGGACCUGAUCUUGAACUUCAUUCAGAACAUUCAUAUUCCAAUGACUUUCAUGAUUUUGGUGCCCCAGAUGAAGAAAGUGCUUUUCCUGGAAGGCCUGGAAGUAGUGGCACUAUUGGUAAAAUUUCUAGGUCCACCAAUGAUCCUUCUUUUAGUAUUUUAAACAACCCUUAUAUUCCAAAUGAUCUGUCAGAGAAUGUGGUACCAAAUCAGAGAGAGAGUACGCUACACCCAUUUGGCUUGCUAUGGUCUGAGCUUGAAAGCACUUACGCAAGGGAUCAUCAUAGAAGUAGUCAGGAUCAGCUUGCUAACCCCAUUGCUGGAAGGGUUUCCCCAUUUAGUGAAAUGACUGAAUCAACUGGUCCUGCACAGACAUGGCCUGAUGCUUAUAGAAAAUUUUUGCUUACCAACCCCAAUUUGUAUCAAGAUAUUGCAGAUGCUCACCAUAUGUCAAGGAUGGAUCAUGAGCUAAUGCAAAAACUUCAACAUCAGCAUCUUCAGCCACAUAGUUUGAUCUCUCGUAAUGUCCACAUGCAUGACGCAGUGCUUGAAAGAGUGGCAAAUCGGAAUUCAAUGCACAACCCACAGCUGGCCAGUCAAAUGGGGCAGGAUCUAGAACAGUUUAUGGCUCUUCAUGUGAAGCAGCAGCAGCAGCAGCACAGACAAUUGCAGCUUCAGCGGCAGCUACAGUUACAUCAACAUACGCUCCUGAAAGAACAGCAGCAGGCUCAGGCUAGGCAAUUGCUUCUUGAACAACUAUUGCAGAGUCAAAUACGAGAAUCGAAUCAUGGACAAUCACAUAUUAAUGCUAUUAGACCCAGUAGUUCUCUGGAUGAAGUUUUGAUAAAGCAGAAAAUUCUCAGUGAAGUUCAACAGUCCUCUCAUCCUCCUACAAGGUAUCCUGACCCUUCAAUUGAUCAUCCCAUACAAUCAAGGUUUAGUCAAAUGUCACAUCAAGGGCAUCAAGAUGAUUUGUUGGAGCUCUUAUCACGGAAAAAGCAUGGGCAGAUGCUUCAGCAAGAACAGUUGCAUGGAAGGCAGGUGCCAAUGGGAUUGAGGCAAUGGCUGGAAGUCGAGGGAGAUAGACAAGUUUCAUCUGUGUGGCCAAUGGAUGAAACUAGUCAGUUUAUUAGAAAUCCUGCUGUUGCUCAUCGAGAUAGCUCUGGAUUUGGUCCAUUAGAUUUUCUCCAACAGCAACAGAUGCCUUCUCCUGAAGAACAUCAUACUCUUGAUCGGACUCUUUCAUUACAAGAUAGACUUCAGCGGGGUCUUUGUGAUCCAGGAUCCUUGUCAUUUGAGCAAUCAAUUUCACUGCCUAGCGUUGGUGCAAGAGUUAAUUCAAAUGCUGUAAAUGCAUUGGCUCGUGUACAGGGUUUAGAUUUGAAGGAGCCUAAUAUGCAAAUGUACUCUGGUGGUAUUAUGGGUGGGAUUUCUUCUGGUCUCUAUUCUCAUCAUAUUCAACACCCAUUGGUUGCUAAUCAUUUUCAUGCUUCCCACCCAGAAUCAGUAGAUGGCCGUUGGGCUGGGACCAAUGGUCAGCUGUCUACUGAUUGCUUGGAGUCCCAUAUUCAGCAAUUGCAUCUUAGUAGGGGGAGGCAAAAGAGGGAGUUGGAGAACAAAAAGACUUCUGAUGGUUCUAGAUUAUGGAUGUCAACUGAAGCAAAUGAUGAUAGUUCUAAGCAAUUGCUUAUGGAACUGCUGCACAAAAAAUCUGGACAGCAGUCAGCGGACAAUUCAAAAACCAUUGGAACUUCAUAUGAAAUGGGUCUAGCUUCAAAUCAUAUUUCUGAGGCUAAUACUUUGAACCAUAUAUCUGAUAAAAAAAUAGGCCUCAACCAAUCCCUUGCUGUAGGAUCUUUUAGUUGUAAUUCAGGUGUGCCACCUAAGAAUUUUCUUGCAGAACAAAUUGCUAGUGGUCUUGAUAUUAGUGAAAGGAUUCCCUUUAGAUCUCAUGCUGGAGCAUUAGCUGAAGAAGACCUUUUUCAUUCUGGUUUCAAUGAUAUCUCCAAGGGCCCUGAACAGGAGACUCGAGAAGAUAUAGUUCAGCUGGCUGGUUUGGCAGCUAUAGAUCAAGGGGAAGUCCCACUUCGUAAUCUGAUCAGGAAUAGUUCACUUGGCAAUGGAGUGGUUGGAAAUGCAGGUUCGUAUGGAGACAAAAAUAGGACAGAUGAUUCCCUGGCGGAGGAUGCUCAUGUGGAUCAUGCGACUACAGCCACAUUCAGAAGGCCAGAUAGCAUUUUGCUAAAACAUCCACCUGUCUCACAUGUUUCAUCAAGUCAUCAAGAAAGCUUUUCUAAACUGAACUCUGAUUCACUUGCCAUGGGAAAAAGUCCUUCAAAUACAAUAGCUUCUGAUGUGGGAAAACAAGAUGCAGUAUGUAACACAGCAAAUCAAGUGUCUGACACCUUACCAACUGGGAAGAAAGAUAUCUGUUCCCGACGAACUGUGUCUUGUGGUGAUGCCGAAAUUACAGAGAUUUCCUUCAGUGACAUGCUCAAGAGUAAUGUCAAGAAAGCCCCUCGGGAGUUUCAUUCUUCAACAGCCACUUCAGAGUCAUCGUCAGAUGCAGCGCAGAGUGCACGAAGCAACAAAAAGAAAGGGAAGAAAGGAAGACAGAUAGAUCCAGCUCUCCUUGGAUUCAAGGUCACAAGUAAUCGCAUCAUGAUGGGUGAGAUACAACGCAUAGAUGACUAGACCAGACGAAGAGUAAGGCAUAUUAACUUGGUUUUUUCCCUUCUUUUUUCCCUUCAAAACUGUAUAGGUCGAGUCUUUUGCGCGUUCUCUUCAAAAUUCUUUCAUUCAUAUUGCACCCACCCAUAUCCAUCUAUGAUUUGUGGUGUGGAUUCUUUGUGUAGACAUGUAGUUUAGCCAUCUAUGAUUUGUGGUGGGGAUUCUUUGUGUAGACAUGUAGUUUAGCUUAGGAAUCGAAGAAGGCAAGGAGAGAUAGUAAAGAUGUUGUACAAAUAGAAUUUUAUAGAUAUAGUGAUCAAUCAAAAGUCACUAUGGAAAAUGAUAAGUAUAGUUUUUGGGGAGUAAAAUUCAUGUUACAUGCUCUCACUUUAUUUGAGGAAGAAAAGGAAAUGAAUAAAAAUUACGGUUUAUAUGUA